UCUUUAUAUAAAUGGUAGCAUUGUAUAUGCAACUGAGAAGUGUAUUUCAGAAGUUUAAUCAUGCGCUCUUGUAUUACCUUCUUGCAAUUUUUUGUUCUAAUAACUGCCGCUCCAAAAUCAUACAAAGGAUAUCAAGUAAUAAUCAUGAUAUUGACAGAUCAUAACAAAAUAGAUAUGGUUUGGCAAUGGCAUAAACGCGGAAUUGACUUUUGGAAUAAAGUAAAUUUUGUUAAUCAUCCUAUACAAGCAAUGGUUCCUCCACAUCUUCGAGAGACAUUUUUCAACUUUCUCAAAGCCCACGACAUUUACUAUGAAGUCAUCAUUCCUGAUGUGGAAAUUGCCUUCUUGAAUGAGAGAAAAAUUCAGAAUAAGAGACGACAGCAAGCUAUAUAUGAUAAAGAAAUUACUGGUAAAAUAACAGCAAACUUCUCAUAUUUUUGGCAACCAGAUGAAAUCAACGAGUAUCUCUUAACGCUGGCUAUUGACUAUCCUGAUUUAGUGAGAGUCCAAAAGGCUGGUCGUAGCUAUGAAGGACGUGAUAUUUAUGUUAUAAAAAUUUCUAGCUCAGGAUUUUACAGACCUAAGCCUAAAAUAUUCGUUGAUGCUGGUAUUCAUGCACGUGAAUGGAUUGCUCCAAUGGCAGCACUUUACCUUAUUUACGAACUUGUGCAGAAUGAAAAAAACAAUAUAGAUAUGCUUGAUUGUGACUGGAUCAUCAUUCCUUGUGUUAAUCCUGAUGGAUAUCAAUACUCUCACGACAUUGAUCGUAUGUGGAGGAAGACACGAUCGUAUAAUGAGGGAAGCUCUUGCAGGGGCGUCGAUGGAAAUAGGAAUUACAACUAUUUCUGGGAUUAUGGAACAGGUGUCAGUACAGAUCCCUGCGCUGAAAACUUCCUUGGUCCUAAACCAAAUUCUGAACCAGAAGUACAAGCUGUUGCUAAUCAAUUAGAAGAAGAAGCUAAUGGAUUAAGACUUUACAUUAGUUACCAUUCUUUUGGAAAUUGGUUGAUCUAUCCAUGGGCAUACGAAAAGAUUUUUCAUCCUAAUUAUAUCGAACUUGACCAUGUUGCUCGCCUUGUGUCAACUGAAAUUUAUAAAAUGACAGGACGUGCUUAUACGAUUGGAAAUACAGCCACUAUUCUUUAUCCAGCUUCUGGUGGAAGUGAUGACUAUGCAGCUGGAGUACAUCACGUUAAUCUAUCAUACACAUUAGAAUUGACUGGUGGUAAUUCAAACGGAUUUGAUUUACCACUAGAUGAGAUUAUAAACGUUUGCAUGGAGAACUUCAUUGGAAUGCGCACUUUUGCUAAUUAUCUUGUGAAAAAAUAUUCUAAAUAGCAUUUAAUUGGUCUUGAAACUUUCGUCAGUUUUGUUUGAAUUUUACAUUAUAAAAAAAAUUUAUUAUAAAUUCUUUAAAAAUACUUUAAACUUAACAUAAAAAUAACAUUAAAUAACGAUGGUUUACAAACAGGUU